GAUAAAACAUAGUGGAAACUAUAAAAAAGAAAAUGAUAUGACAUCAAUUGGUGAUAAUAUAAAUAAAGAAAUAAAAAAUUACUUUGAUAAAAAUUAUUUCGAUAAAAAUUAUUUUGAUAAAAAUUACUUUGAUAAAAAUUAUUUUGAUAAAAAUUAUUUCGAUAAAAAUUAUUUUGAUAUUGAUGAGUAUUGUAAUUUAAAUAAUGCUUAUAAAAAGAAAUCUAAAAGUGUUAAAAAAAAUAUAGAUGUAGACAUAUUAUCCUCUGACACAAAUAAUAUAAAAAGAAAAAAUAAAAUCCAAGAUAGUGAUGAAAAUAAAGACGACCAAAAAAAGGAUUUAUUUAAUAAAAGCAAUGAUAUGGAAUAUAUAUUAAUAGAUGAUAAUAAGGAGGUGCAAAUUGUAAAUACAAAAAAUGAUAAGAAAUAUAUAAAUCAAAAUAGCAUGAAGGAUGGUCAUUGCGAAAAAAAAAGCAAAAAAACAAAUAAUACUAAUAAUACUAAUAAUAAUAAUAAUAAUAACAUUUAUGAUGAUAAUUCCUUGUUGAGGAAGACAAAGAAAAGUAAAAGUAAAAAUAAACUAAUACAUAGUAACAUGCAUGUAGAUACAAAUAGUAAGGAUGAUCAUUUUAAUAGAACGGGCAUAAGAUCUUCAGAGAAGGAUAUGAUUAGAAAUAAUAACAUAUAUUCAAAG